CUUGGCUCCUGGAAAGGACAGCAAUUCUGCCACUUUGCACCACCAUGACGCUGCAGUCGACGCUCUCGAGCGCCGCCUUGAGCAUCUCCAACAUGGGUAGUGCGUUUAGCUCGUCCACGCGCAAGUACGACGCCAUCAAACGCGAUAGCAUGCGCGUCUGGAUGCGCAUCAUCGCCAACCUCGUCGUCGUUGCGGCCAUCUACGGGUCGCUCUCUUCCAUGUUCAUCCUCAGCGCCCUCGGCGCUUUUCGUCGCAGCAACCUCACGUACCACUUUCAGAACGACGCGUGGCGGCCGCUUGCGCAGUCGUGUCUUCUCACCUCCGAGGGCUUUGCCCCCCACUCGUGCUCGUCCGUCGAGUCGAGCUUGCUUGCGACGCCCGCCGCGUGGGCCGCCACCGGCAAUCAGCUUGCGCACGUGCUUCAAGUGCCACCGCAAGCCAAAUGGAAGGUCACCACGUGCAUGGUCGGAUGCUCGUCGGACGCAAACGACUCGACACCCGCGUCCCUCCAGAUGCUCGUGGGCUACGAUGUCUACCCAGAGUGCAACCCACAACAGGGCAGUCAGUCGAUCGCGGGGAUGAUUUUACUGGAAGGGACGGUUGUCGACGAUGUCUAUCCCAACGGCGCUUACCUACUAACCGUCUUUGCCGAUACACACAUGAACACGACGACAACUUAUGUCGACAGCGACGACAGCUCGACCACCCGGAUCAUCCGUGACGUUGAGCGUGUUCUGAUUGGGCGUGACGGCAGCGCGCAACGCUACCCGGAGGGAGCAAAUGCUAUCAUCAAGUCGCACCCGCUCGGGCCCCGGUACUCGAUCCGCGCGUCGUGCGUUGCCCAGAUCGUCGACAUUAGCGACGAGGUGGGCAGUCAGCGCGGCUGGAGCACCGGUCGUGAGUCAAAGAAGGCAGUGGUUACCGGGAAAGCGUGUGGGCACGUGGUCUCCGAGUCGAUCGAGCUCGAGGUCGUCCACGCCGUUCUGGUCAUCAUCACAAUCGUUGGGCUCGGCGGCGACAUGCUCAUGACGUUUGAGGGUCUCAAGGGCGUGUUGCAGCACAAGCCAGUUCUGACGUACGACAUCCUCACGGGCGUCGAGCGGCGCAAAGGCCUUUUGUUUAUCGGUGCGAUUAGCGCGUUUCCCGGCCUUCUCUUCUUUGACAUUGCUCGUAUUUACGCCGGGCGACCGAUCGACGACUGGCUCUGGCUGCUCUCGAUCCUCACGCUGGGCAUCUUUGUCGCGUGGUUUGCACUCCUCCUCUUCUUGGGGCUUCAGUUUGUGCCAAGCCCGCCUUCCAUUCGGCACAAGCUCGCGCCGUGGUCGCCUGCGGUCUUUAUCUACGGUGCGAUUCCGUCGAUUUCAGCCAGUGUCUAUGGCUCGUACGAGGACUUGCACGCGUCAUUCUUUGCGGCGACGUCGCUCCUGGGCAUGAACGUCUCGGGGCGGGUCUGUGGCUGCGGCGCCUACGACGCCAACAGCAUCGCGUCGGCGACGUCGCUCACCCUUGGGAACAUUGUCAUUGCGGUAUGCACCUGCUUUCUCAUGAGCAUUGUCUACGCGAUGGCCAAGCUCCAAUUUUUCCAGAAGAAAUGUGUGCUCGACACGACAUGGACAAAAAACAAUGAGUUCUUAUCGCAAUCGGCCAUGCCCUACUGGUUUACGGGGCUCCCGUUGGACCAAGCCGAUGCCAUCAAGAUUGGCAAUAAGCUCUUCUGCAAGCCGAGCAUGCAAGCCCGCAUGGGCCUCGCCGCCGUCGUCAUUGCGCCCGAGAUGCGCCGCAUCCUCGUCGCCAAGGAGGCCAAAGUCGUCGACACGGCACCGGAAGAAGUGUUUUACCUUGUCAGCGUCUACGACCUGGUGUGGGGCAUUCUACCGCGGUACCUCCGGCUGUACAUGCCGAUGGUGCAAAGCGAAAUCGUCAAGAACGUACUUACGGCGCCGACCAAGAAGCGGCUCCAGCGCGCGAAAACGUUCAAGUAUAGCCGGGGCACGUGCGUUGGUUGACACUAUUGUCCAUCACUAGUAAACCGGUGGAUGGAAACGACACUGUUUACAACUGCCUUCUUGCGGCCUCGUGUGCCCCGG